CAUGGGAAUCAAAUACUCAAAGUGUUAUAUUAUCUGGAAACUUGGAACCCGUUACGGCGGAUAGUAUAGUUUAUAUAUUUUAUAAAGCUAUUCAAUCCGGACAAGAAGGGAUAUUUUACUGGUAUUAUUUUGCAGAAAGAUUUAACAAAAGAAUCGAUGAAGUUGUUGCUAGUGGACUUCUACCAGAUAUAACAGAUGUGAAUUUACGACAUAAAAUCCUCAAAGCUAGAAAAAUUAGAACACUUUUCAGUACAGUAGGGAUAGAAAAAAUUAGACAAGUUUCAUAUAGCGCAAAUGCAAUUUCUAGCUUUACUUAUAUAAAAAUUCAAAAUAUCAUAAAUUAUGUUAACGAACAAAUUUCUACUUCCUCUAUCCCAUUUUCUCAUACCUCUAAUUUGGAAGAUAUUAUAAGUGAGGAUGACAAAUCAUCGCUAGAGAUUGAGAUGGGUAUACCUAUCGAAUCUCACGCUCUCCCAAAAAACAAUCCCGAAAGUAUAUCAUCUAAUCCAAUUCAUGACCUUGUUUAUUUUCGCAACAAAACAUUGGAGCAAUAUCCUGAUCUAUAUUAUGAAUAUAGCAAUGAAAAUUUUAAUUAUUAUGGGAUUACUGAUGAAUCUUUAUGCCCGUUAUGCAA